AUGGCCGCCGCCAAGGCGCUGGCGGCCGCGCUGGCCUCGCUGCUGGCGCGCCCCGCGGGCGCGGACCUGCCAAUCCACUGCACGCUGGCGGACGCGGUCGGCGAGUGGACGUUCCACGUGGGCCCGGCGCAGCCGGUGAACGGCGAGCUCCCGGCCUGCGGGCACAGCCUGCCCAAUUCGGUGGAGUCCAUGUUGAGGAUCAACCACUCCAGCGUGGUUCCGCCUUCGGCCGCAGAGACCCUCUCCAUCACGCUCACCGAGGAGAUCGCCGAGCAGCCUGAGAGGCACCUCAGGGCGCGCGACGGCUCCGGCGCCGAAGGGAUGUGGACCAUGGUGUACGACACCGGCUUCGAGGUCCGGGUUGGGGGGCGCUCCCUCUCGGGCGGAGUUUAUGAUUAUGCUGCUUUGUGCCCCUCGAACUGA